AUGUCCGCGGCGGUCCGCGCGAAAAUCCUUGAGCUCCACCACUCCCAUGACGCAGCUCCUUGGCUCACACGGUCUCCUCAGAGCGCCGACGCGGCGCUUCGCAGCUUCGCGGAGGCAGAUGCGGCCUGGGCUGUGAGCAGAGAGCUGCUCGAAGGCUACCCCGAGCCUGCGGCGGGCGACCUCAAGGACUGGGCCCCUGUGUUGCUGAACCACUUGGAGUCGGAAGCGACAUCGAAGCCCUCGAAGCAGCAGCUGGUCGUCGCGCUCGCUGCAAUUGUGGUUGCUCUGUGCAACACAACUUGGAAGAGUGGCGUGGCAGAUUUGCUUGCCCUGGUCGAACGCCAGCCGAAGAUCACUUGGGGCAUCUUGGUCAUCAUUCCAGAGCAGCUCUCCGAGGUUGUCCACAAGUACCUGAAAGCCGAUGCUCGGACCUUGGCCCUCCUUUCGCACUCCCAAGCGAUGCUCGACCUGGCGGCGCGAUACCAGCCCAUGUCCGACGAGGCUCCGACAGGCACCCUUUCGGACUCCGACUUCUCGCUCGCGUUCCAGACGCUCACACAGUGGUCGAAGGUGAUGGGCUUGCAGCUGCUGGAGCACCAUGGCUUUGCAUGCCACCUGACUGGACUCCUUGGUGGGCCUGCAGGCAACUUUGAAGUCGUUCUGGACGCCGUGAUCGAAGUCCUCCGCCGCUCGCCAGGAGCCUUCAUGAUUUACGAGCCCGCACAGACGCCGACACCGGCCUUGGAAGGCCUCCUCGGCGCAGUCUCGCGUGCGAUGAAGGCGCUCCUGCCCACAUUGCAGAGCGCUGCUCAGCAACAGGUCUCGCUCGACAUGGCAGAAGGGCGGCUGCUUCAACACUGGGCCGAGCUAGCUGGAACCUUGGUGGAGGCAUACACGCAGCUUCUCUGGCUGGAUGCAGAGUCUUCAGAGGUCCUGCUUGCCUUCAUUGGGGCGUGCUUCGUCGUGCACCCGCAAGUGGCGCAAGCCGUGGCAGAGCUUUGGGCAAUUCUGAAGGAUGCGAAGCGCGACAGCAAGCUCCCCGAGGGCGUGAUGCCAAAGAUCCUGCAUCGACUCGCAGAGCCGUCUGUCCUGUCCUUCGUUCGUUUUGGACGCUUCGACUCGGCCCAUACCGAGGAGCGGAGCGACCUUGUGCAACUCCGCAGCGCUCAACAAGACAUCCUGGUGGACAUGUACUGCAUUGCCGCCGGGACAGCAGAGGCCCAGCUGGUGCUCAACGGCCUGUUCAGCAGCCUGGAGAAAGCCGAAUCUGCGCGAGACCUCCUCGGCAUGGAGGUGGUUUGGUAUGCAUUCCAAGGGAUCGUCGAGGUGUUGGCAGACGAGCCAGCGAUCCCAGAUGUUUACAACAAGGUUCUGCCCACGGUGUUCAGAGUAUCCUCCGCACCUGCAGAAGUGCUUUCGACUGGGGCAGCCCUACUUCGAGGCUGCGGGCCGCACUUCGAAGAGCGGCUUCAGGUGCACCUCGCACCGGCUGUGCAGUGGCUUAUGUCCAUGGUGGCACAGAUUCCUGUGGAAGCCAGCGAAGUGAUCCAGGAGCUGUGUGGGUACGCUGGGAAACUCCUCCUGCCACACUUUGAGGAGUUCUUGAAAGUGGUUGCCCAGGUGGCACAAGCAGCCCCAAGCGAAGUCGACGCUUCGCUUCAUGGCGCGCUGGUGGGAAUUACGCGAAACCUCCCCGACGAGCAAGCGGCCCAUGCAUUUGCGAAUGUGUGCGAUGGUGCCGGCGUCCUUCUGAAAAGCGGCCUGGAUAUCUCCAACGAAGCCGGUCGAGCAAGCUUCCAUCGGGUCCUUGGCCGGCUGCUGCGCUGCGUUGCCGUUGCAGAAGAAGCUGGCACGGCACCUGCCGCGGCCGGUGUCACACAGGCAUCGAGGACAGCAUCAGGAUGUCUGGCUAGAUUCUUGCUCAUGCACUGGACGUCCCUGGCACCUUUGUGCCAGACGUUGCUGAUGGCAGCACCAGCCACAAAGGAUGCAGCCAAAGGAAAGCCCAUCUUCGAGUACUCUGACGUGGCAGUACAGGUGAACGUAUUGGCGCUGCUGCGCCGGGCUGCACGAGCAGCAGCAGAGGUGCCCGAGGCAUCGCUGGCAGAGGGACUGGCAUCGGUGGCUGUGGCUUGCUGUAAGGAAGGCCAACUGGCGGCCCUGGCCGCACUGGCACAGUUGUCAGCAAACCCUGACAUAGCCCGCGGCCACGUGAUGCCUCAUUUAGAUGUCAUCUCCAGCGCAUCGUUGACACAUGUACAGCACGGACGCGCUGCAGAGGACCUUGUCCCUUUCCUCGAUCUUUGCUCCUGUCUCGCGGCCUCUGCAGGUGAUGCACUCUUCGCCUCUCCACAGGUCCCGCCCCUGGCCCAACUUUCGGUGGCGGCUUUGGCCUCUACGGAGCAUGAUGUGCUGAAGCCUGUGCUGGUAUUCCUGCAGCGGCUGCUGACGUCGCGAGCCCUCUCCCUGGGCCAAGGUGACGUCUCUAGCUUGGCGCAGGCCAUCUUUGCCCACUUCCACGCAUGGCCGAGGAGCAUGAACGCUCAGACCUUCAAGGUGUUCUCAGCGUUGGCAGAGAGACAUGAGCAGGUCUAUAUGUCCACCAUUUCUGCUGCUGUGGGGGCACCCUUCAUGGCAGCUUUGUCCGCUGCAGACCGGCUCUUGGCGCAGCAGGCUUUGGCACGGCUUCGCGGGCCCAAGCUCCGCGCUUUGCUCGGAGACCUUGCAGCGCUGGCACGGAGGGAGGCUGUCGCAGAUGUGCUGCAGAGCUAUGCGGAUUGCGGCUGA